AUGUCUUUCCUUCAUAAUCAUUCUUGCGAGUGCGUUAAGUCAGAAUUGGAUUUGUUUGCACUACCGUCUACACAAACUAGCAUUGAAAAUGGAUUGUGGAUUCAUUAUAAACCAAUUUCAUCUCUUGGUGAUGAUGGACCUAUCGAGUUUCAAGUUCCUGGGACCGGCGAUGACUACAUAGAUUUGUCUCAUACAUUACUCCACAUAAAGGCAAAAGUAUUAAAUCAAGAUUCAACUAACUUGGUAUCUACUACAAUAGUAGCACCUGUAAAUAAUUGGCUGCAUUCACUUUUUAGUCAACUUGAUGUUUAUUUAAACCAAAAACUUGUAUCACCACCUAAUAAUACCUAUGCAUAUCGAGCAUACAUGGAAACCCUUUUAAACUAUGCCCCUGCUGCUAAACAAUCUCAUCUUACUUGUAGUCUUUGGUAUGAGGAUACAGCAGGAAAAAUGGAUUCUACAGAUGGUAAAAACAUAGGAUUUGUUAAAAGACAGGAAUUGAUUAGUGAAAGUAAGGAAAUAGAAAUGAUUGGUCAUCUUCACGGUGACAUUUUUAACCAAGAUAAAUUUUUAAUUAAUGGUGUUGAAAUGAGUGUUAAAUUGGUUCGAUCUAGAGAGAGUUUUAAUUUAAUUGUUGGAUCAAACGAUGUAAAGUUUAAAGUUUGUAUUACGGACGCAACUCUUAUUGUUCGACGAGCACGAAUUAAUCCAAGUGUAUUACUCGCACAUCAAAAAGUUUUAGCUUCUACCACUGCUAAAUAUCCUAUUACUCGAGCUGAAGUAAAAGUUUUAACAAUUCCUUCGGGUGUUCAAGGAAAAACUCUUGAUAAUAUAUUUUUAGGACAGGUACCGAAAAGAUGUAUAAUUGGAUUUGUGAACAAUUCUGCAUUUAAUGGUUCCCUUACUAAAAAUCCAUUUAACUUUGAAAACUAUGGUAUUAAUUCUUUCAGCUUAUAUAUUGAUGGUCAACAAAUACCUUCAAAAGCUUUGCAACCAUCUUUUAAUAAUAGCAUAUUUACAUCAGCAUAUCAUACUCUAUUCUCGGGAACUGGUAUUCACUUUCUGAAUGAAGGAAAUGGAAUCUCUUGUGAACAGUAUGGCAAAGGUUACUGUCUAUUAGCAUUUGAUUUAACUCCUGAUUUAUCAGCUAACUCAUCAACUCAUUGGAAUCUCAUAAAGCAUGGUAGUGUAAGAAUAGAAGUACGAUUUGAAUCCUCAUUAAUACAAACAAUUAACUGUAUAGUUUAUGCUGAGUUUGAUAAUAUUAUUGAGAUAGAUAAAAACAGAAAUGUUACUGUAGACUAUAGUAGUUAA